AUGUCCAAAAGAGGACGUGGUGGUUCCGCCGGAGCCAAGUUCCGGAUAUCUCUCGGUUUGCCCGUCGGCGCCGUCAUCAAUUGCGCUGAUAACACUGGCGCUAAGAACUUGUUCGUCAUCGCCGUCCAGGGCAUCAAGGGUCGUUUGAAUCGUUUGCCAGCCGCUGCAUCGGGUGACAUGAUCGUAGCGACAGUGAAGAAAGGAAAGCCAGAACUCCGGAAAAAAGUAAUGCCUGCGGUAGUCAUUCGACAGCGGAAACCUUUCAGAAGGAAGGACGGGGUGUUUUUGUAUUUUGAAGACAACGCCGGGGUAAUUGUCAACAACAAAGGCGAAAUGAAAGGGAGUGCUAUUACUGGUCCUGUAGCUAAAGAAUGUGCAGAUUUGUGGCCUAGGAUCGCGUCAAAUGCCAGCAGUAUUGCUUGA